CCUUGAACGGGUCAGGAACGCUCCGGUCCUGGCCCUGGGUCCGGACUGAUCCCGAUUCCGGUCCCAGUCUGAUCCUGACUCCAGUCCUGGUCUCGGUCUGACCCCGAUCGCGGCCCCAGUCUCAGAACCUGUCCUGGUCUGAUCCCCACCCUGGUUCCGAUCCUGACACCGGUCCCGUUCCAAAGCUCCAUCCGGUCUGUCUGACCCCGACCCCUACUCCUGUCUCAACACCAGCCUAAUCCCGAUCCCGGUCCCCGUCUGAUCCCGAUCCCGGUCCCUGUCACAACCUGAACCCGAUCCCGGUCCCUGUCACUCUCUGACCCCGAUCCGGGUCCCUGUCCCUGUCCCAGUCUAAUCCCGAUGCCGGUCCCUGUCUCUGUCACAGUCUGAUCCCGAUUCCGCCGCCUCCCCGCGCGAGGUCCGAUAGCGCCACCCAGCGGCCGCCCGGCCUCCUCGGCACUACAACUCCCAGCCUGCCUUGCAGCACCAUACCGCGGGAUACGCCGGGAGCCGGGGCAAGCGGCCUAUGCCUCGGCAGGCAUGGCGGCACGCUGGUGCGCCGUAAAGUGCGCUAUGUCGCCAUAGCGACCAUGCUUCCUCCCUCCUCUUUGCGACGGCGCCGUGCGGUAGUGGCGGGUGGCGCCUUUGUCCUGGCGGCGGCGGCCUGACGGGGCACCGGGUCCGGGCCGGGAGUGGCGAGUUGGAUUUGGAACGAAAGCAAAAUGGCUCGAGGACGCAAGAGCAAUAGCAUCAAACAGAGCGACUUCACUAACAGCACCAAUCCUCAGGAUUUAGAGAGAAGACUUUUUGUCGGCAAUUUGCCCACAGACCACAUGACUCGUGAAGAAAUGGAAGAGAUAUUUUCAAAAUAUGGCAAAAUCAGGGCCCUCAGCAUGUACCAUGGCUAUGGGUUCGUGCAGUAUGACCGUCUAGAAGAUGUCCAGGCCGCUCUGGACGGUGAGAAGGGUCGCCUUUAUAAAGGGUAUAGAUUAGAUAUUAAUAAAGCAGUGGAAAGAAGAAAUAUGAAUAAGGCUUCAUCAAGGUCCAGUCCCACACGAAGAGAGCAAUAUGCCUACGGGGAUGGCCGAGAUGCCAGGCGCGACCGCUCCCCUCUUCGGGGGAGCCCACGGAGAGACCCCAGGGAUGGCAGGGAUGGCAGGAACGGGCGAGAUUCUAGAGACGCUCGAGACAUUCGAGGUAGAGACAUGCGUGAUGCCAGAGACCACAGGGACCCACGGGACCUGCGAGACCCAAGGGAUAUCAGGGAUCCAAGGGACUUGAGGGACCCACGUGAUGUUAGAGAUCUUCGUGACCCACGGGAGCCACUGUAUGAUCGAUACAGGGAUCCACGGGAUAUGAGAAAUGCACGAGAUAUGAGGGAUCCACGGGAUAUGAGAGACCCUCGGGACUCUUUGUACAGACGAGACGAAUCUUACGACCGUUACCUGCGCCUUGACGACUACUACCGGCGCAAGGACGACUCCUACUAUGACCGCUACAAGGAGCCAGAGGACCGCCUGAAGCGCGAGGAGCGGCGCCGGGAGGAGCUGUACCGUCAGUACUAUGAGGAAAUCAAGAGACGGUUUGAUGCAGAGAGACCUGUGGAUUGUUCUGUGAUAGUGGUGAAUAAACAGACAAAGGAGUACGCAGAGUCCGUGGGGCGGAAGGUGCGGGACCUGGGCAUGGUAGUGGACCUGAUCUUCCUGAACACAGAGAUGUCACUGACACAAGCCCUGGAUGAUGUGAGCAGGGGAGGGUCUCCUUUCGCCAUUGUCAUCACCCAGCAGCAUCAAGUUCACCGUUCUUGCACUGUUAACAUCAUGUUUGGCACCCCACAAGAGCACCGCAACAUGCCCCAGGCUGAUGCCAUGGUGCUGGUGGCAAGGAAUUACGAGCGCUACAAGACAGAGUCCCGGGAGAAGGAGCGGGAGGAGAUCGCCAGGCAGGCUGCCAAGAUGGCAGACGAAGCUAUUUUGCAGGAGCGGGAGCGCCCACCCCCCAUGGAGGAGGGUGUCAGAGGAGGUCACCCUCCCGGGAUCCAAACUCUCUUGAACCUGCUGGCAGACAAUCGCUAUGUGACUGCUGAGGAGAUAGAUAAAGUCAUUAAUUACCUGAGAGACCGGAAGGAACGGUUGCUGCGGGGCAGCACUGAAUCUCUGCAGGCACCCAUGUCAAGACAACCUUUGGGGCCACCUUCAGGAUCAUCACUGGGUAGUCAGUCCAACCUUCCAAGUUCUCAAGUUCAUCAGAGUUCACAGCCUCUGGUCUCUACUCCUUCUGUUCCAGUGUCCUCUUCUACUCCUCAGCAGGAGCUUCAAGCAAAAAUCCUCAGUCUCUUCAACAGUGGGGCGGCAGCGGCAGCAGCUGCUGUGGCAAACAGCGGUCCUGCGGCCUCUGCGGGCUCUUCAGCCAGCACUCCCAACCAGAACUUUACUAACCUGGCCGGCGGGCAGCCCCGGCCAGCACAGAUGAAUGCUGGAAAUUUAAACCAGGCUCAGCAGAGAUUGCAAACUCCAAACGCGCAGAUUCCUGCUCUCCCAGGCCCCUCGAGAAACGCGGGUCCGAGACCUGGAGCUCCUCCACAACCUCAGCCUCUCUAUGGUCAGCACCAAACCCGCCUCCCUGCGCCUGGCAAUGUGCCCGCCCAAAGGCCAGUGUCUUCUGGUAUCAACUUCGACAACCCCAGUGUACAGAAGGCCUUGGACACCCUUAUCCAGAGUGGUCCUGCACUCUCGCACCUUGUGAGCCAAACCGUGGCCCAGGGGCGAGCGGGGUCCUCAGCCCAGCAACCGAUGGGUGCCUACCAGCGACACUAUUAGAGCUGAGCUGUUGGACCCAUUCCCCUUCCCUUUGCCAUUCCAUACUUAUAGCUGUUAAAGAAUUCUCCCAUCCUUGACCAGGGACAGAUGCCCUGGACAUGCAUGUCCUCUCCACUCUGGCGAGAGCAUACCCCCUGCAGCAUUGCUGCCAACGGUUGCUGGCGCUGCCCUCCCUCUCCUUGGUCUGGUUAGCAAUGUUUGGAGCAGAAUGCUCAGUUUUCUCCAAGGCACAAUGUGCUGAACUAUGUUGGAUCAUUGGUUGUCUUGUCCCGUCCCAGAAGCAUCAGUCCUGCUGCAUUUUCUUACUCCCAGCACCUGGUGCACCUUCCCAUUGAGGUGCAGUCUAGGCUCACUGAUUGGUCUCAGUGUAGUUUUGGAUCAUCAGUUUUGAUGAAUUAGGAGACUGAACAAAGCAGCAAACUGAUGGGCCUUGGACACCCACCAAUGUGGAAUGGGCACUAUUUUUCUUUGGAUUUUUUUUCCUUCUUUUUUUUUUUUUUUUUUUUUUUCCUUUUAAUAGCAUAUAAGCCAUUUGGAAAGUCCAGUGAUAGUGCUGGCAGCCAAAAUCAUGAAGCACAUGCCCAACCACUGCUCAGUAACCAGGACUGUGCAGUCCAUCUGCAGCUGGCCUGCCCUGUGCAGGCAGAGAGGCCGGUGUUCCUGACCACUCACAGAGACUGGCAGCUGUGGGCUGAGCACACAUCUGCAACACAAGAACUUCCAGCCAAGGCAGAGAUUUCAAACGGUCUGUCAAUUUUCCUACCGUGAGUAAUCAGUGUUAAGAUCAACCUGGUACAUUUGGUGUGUAAAUUUCCUUUUCUUACAGUCUUUGGCACCGUUGUUAGUGUAGCUUAGCUGCAGCCACACUGAUGUGCUGCUGGCUCUCCCUGGGAACGCCUGUCACCAGGUAUUGGGGGCAGUGCUGCUCUAUCAGACCUCUUGCUGUUGAUGGAUGUUUGGUCCAUCUGAGGAGGAGAGGUUAAUACCGUAAUUUUAAAGAUGUUAAUACCAUAAUUUUAAACGUUCUCUCAACAUUUUGGGAGCUGCAGCGGACAGUGGAGUGGUAAAUCAGGCAGUGAUUCCUCACCCUGUUUUUACUGGGAACAUACUUUGAUACCAGAACACAAAACAUCACUUAGCUGUGUGGUUCUUCCUGUCAUGGCCUUCUUGGAGUCUGUGGGCUUCCUGCAGGGAACUGUGAGAUACUAAGAAAGCAGUGGAUUGAAGCAGAGGAUUUUCUUUGUCCCAGGUGGUUUGUGUUGUAGCAUUUCUUUUAUCUCUGUGCUGUUAACAAGAGGACAUUACUUUCUAAUAAAAGUCAGAAAAAUU